GCCGCGGAGUUGGAGCGGGGCCGGAGCCGCGGCCGCUUCUGCUGGCCGAACUGCUGCUGCCGCCGCCGGGCGGACGGGCGGACGCGCAAAGCCGGGGGCAGGCGCGGCGGGGCGCGGCGGGGCUGACCGGCCCCGAUGAGGCGCAAAGAGAAGCGGCUCUUGCAGGCGGUGGCUUUGGCUCUGGCGGCCCUUGUCCUGCUGCCCAACGUGGGGCUCUGGGCUCUGUACCGUGAGCGGCAGCCCGACGGCAGCCCUGGGGGAUCGGGGGCGGCGGUGGCCCCGGCGGCGAUACAGGAAUUACACAGUCGACAAAAAAAGACAUUUUUCUUGGGAGCUGAACAAAGGCUGAAGGACUGGCAUGACAAGGAGGCCAUCAGGAGGGACGCACAACGCGUAGGACAUGGAGAACAGGGGAAGCCUUACCCCAUGACCGAUGCCGACAGAGUGGACCAGGCAUACCGGGAAAACGGAUUUAACAUCUACGUCAGUGAUAAAAUCUCCCUGAAUCGCUCCCUCCCCGAUAUCCGGCACCCAAACUGCAACAGCAAACUCUACCUGGAGACGCUCCCCAACACCAGCAUCAUCAUCCCUUUCCACAACGAGGGCUGGUCCUCACUGCUGCGCACUGUUCACAGCGUGCUCAACCGCUCACCCCCGGAGCUCGUGGCGGAGAUCGUGUUGGUCGAUGACUUCAGUGACCGAGAGCACCUGAAGAAGCCACUGGAGGACUACCUGGCCCUCUUCCCCAGCGUGAGGAUUCUCCGGACCAAGAAACGGGAAGGCCUGAUAAGGACCCGGAUGCUGGGGGCUUCGGCCGCCACCGGAGACGUCAUCACGUUCUUAGAUUCCCACUGUGAAGCCAACGUCAACUGGCUCCCCCCUUUGCUUGACCGCAUCGCUCGGAACCGAAAGACCAUCGUGUGCCCAAUGAUUGACGUCAUCGACCAUGAUGACUUCCGGUAUGAGACACAGGCCGGGGACGCCAUGCGGGGUGCCUUCGACUGGGAAAUGUAUUACAAACGGAUCCCGAUCCCUCCAGAGCUUCAGAAGGCUGACCCCAGUGACCCAUUUGAGUCUCCCGUGAUGGCCGGAGGGCUGUUUGCUGUAGACCGGAAGUGGUUCUGGGAGUUGGGUGGAUACGACCCUGGCUUGGAGAUCUGGGGAGGAGAGCAGUACGAGAUCUCCUUCAAGGUGUGGAUGUGUGGAGGCCGCAUGGAGGACAUACCCUGCUCCAGAGUGGGCCACAUCUACAGGAAGUAUGUGCCCUACAAGGUCCCUGCCGGAGUCAGCCUGGCCCGGAACCUGAAGCGAGUGGCAGAGGUAUGGAUGGAUGAAUAUGCAGAGUACAUCUACCAGCGCAGACCGGAGUACCGCCACCUCUCAGCUGGAGAUGUCGUGGCCCAGAAAAAGCUCCGAGGCUCCCUCAACUGCAAGAGCUUCAAGUGGUUUAUGACCAAAAUUGCCUGGGACCUGCCCAAGUUCUACCCGCCUGUGGAACCCCCGGCUGCGGCAUGGGGGGAGAUUCGCAAUGUGGGCACGGGACUGUGCACAGACACGAAGCACAGCACGCUAGGCUCCCCGCUGAGGCUCGAGACCUGCAUUCGUGGCCGUGGGGAGGCUGCCUGGAACAGCAUGCAGGUCUUUACCUUCACCUGGCGGGAGGACAUCCGGCCAGGAGACCCUCAGCACACCAAGAAGCUCUGCUUCGACGCUGUCUCCCACACCAGCCCAGUCACCCUCUACGACUGCCACAGCAUGAAAGGCAACCAGCUGUGGAAAUACCGCAAGGACAAGACUCUAUACCACCCUGUGAGCGGCAGCUGCAUGGACUGUAGCGAGAGUGACCACAGGAUCUUCAUGAACGCCUGCAACCCCUCCUCCCUCACCCAGCAGUGGCUCUUCGAACAUACCAACUCUACGGUCUUAGAGACAUUCAACAGAAACUGAGGCCUCAGGCCUUGACAAGCCCCUCAGGUGGCCGUGGAGCUCAUUAACUUCCUCCUGUGGGAGAAGAAGCAUCUGUGGACGCCGAGGUGCUGGGCCAAAUGGCUUGGGACAGAGGGUUCUGGAAGUACUUGGCUGGUGGGGCCACGGGGAGAACGGCCCGUACAAACCGCUCUCCAAGAUGGCAGAGCCUGCUUCCGUCCUAGCAGAGCUCACCAGCCUGUUUGCACAUUCCCUAAGUGUUAGGAAUUACCUGGGCAGCCAUGAGCCAGAAAAUCAGUCCUGUGAGGUUGCUCAGCCCUCGGGCUACUUCCAGACAGGACAGUGCCCUAGCAAGAAAGGUGGCAUCGGCCUUGGGGCAGCUUUUAAGCCUGUGUGCUAGCUGCUGGCAAGGAAGCCUGCCCAGUCUGCCCAGGCUGGGAGCAAAGUACCAGUACUGGCCAGCUUCUGUGUUGGUCCAGGUCAGUGAGAGUCCACUGGGACCUCAGAGUGCCCCAUAGCUAGCGCCGGCCAGCAACAAGGCAAGGGGCCCCUUCCUCUGCAGACAGGAUGUCUCCCCUGGCUCUCUGGGUAUUUCAGAUGCCAGUUCUACUUCCAGGGGUAUCUGGGCACCAGGUGGUCAGGGCUAGCUCAGCUGGCUAAGUAGACCUCCAGACCGAACAGCUCUCAGCUGACGCUUCCAAAGCCCUUUCCCUGUGCUUUCCUCGGCAGUGCCCUGCCUUGGAGGGGAACCGGUGCUGUGAGGUGCUCACCCCUAGAGUCCCCUGGGGGUGACUUCCCCCAGAUAAUGACUGUUGUGGUUCUAACCUCUCAGAACCACUGUGGUUCUGUCGCAAGCAAAGAUGAGCCGUGGCAGGUGUGGGCAUAGAACACAAGCGGCCAGGUGUCAGGCAACCCCUCACCAAGCAGAGGCAGUGGGGCACUGGAAGCUUUGGUACAAGCCAGUGCCUGACCGUGACAGCCACAGCCUUGGGAGGAGUGAGGACAUCACCUUCUAAUCCCAUGUCUCAAACAAGAACUCACCCUCCAAGAACUGGGUCACUCCAUCUUGUCACUUGCCAGUGAAGUGACUGAGACAUGGUCCUGGGGCCGGAGCUCUGCCUUAGCGAUGCUGGGAUCAGGGUCAUCAAGUCCCCAGCUUGGCCAGGUGGCUGGUGCAGAGCCACCUCCUUGCAGCCCCUGUGCUGUCACAGCCCACUUGUGGAUUUCUAGAGCACUCUACCUGACAAGUAGCCGGCCGGGAAGGAGUCAGAAAGGGGAGUGGGUGGGUGUCUAGAAUCCCGCGGGGAUGCGUGUUGCAGCCAAGGGGAGUUGAGUCCUCAGAGAGCAAUGCGGCCUCGUUUCAAUAAAAACCGUGCCUUUUACAAAGAGAAAAUGCAACCGAGCAGCCGAUUCCCUUAAACUUGAACCACUUCCUAGUGCCUUGCGAGACAGACAGGGGCGGCUGGAGGACGGGUGCUUACGCAGGUCCUGUGAGCCCAGUGAGUGUCUUCAUGUCUGACUUCAAGCAGAAAGUGCUGGGCUUGGAGCAGAACCUGAGACCCAGAGGUCCCUAUGGCAGGGCCGACUGCCGGUCUGUGCUGUCCUCCCUGAGACAGGACAGCUCUAGUAGCCUGUAAGUUCUAGAGACCUGACAACCCCAGAAGUGCUCGGCCUGUCCCUCAUUAUCUGGCCAGCUGAGCAGCCGGAUUUCCAGGUGAUGCCAAGCCGGUGGUUAAGGCAGAGGCUGCCACACGCCAUCCCUAGCCUCACGUGCUCACCCGCCCGAUUCAUUCCAUUCUCACCUGGUUUGUCCCCUCUCUCCAGUGGUCACUUCCUCUGAACUCACCUCAGCAUUUGUGACUGCUGAACUCUGACCUUAGAGCAUAAGACUUGAGGAUGUGUGUCACAGGAAGGACCAGGCUGGCUUGGUGGCUGGCUGCAGAUACUUGAUUCCCACCUUGUUUUGGCUUCAGGUGUGGAAAUCCUUGUCCCGAAGAGUCAGGUUUCUACCCUGCACGGGCAGAAGGGCUUGUGCACAUGCCACAGCCCAAGCAACAGGCCAGUCGGCUGGCCUCUUUUCCUCCAAAGCUUUAUUCAGAGGCUAAGACUGCAAAACAAGAUGUGGUUAGAAAAGCAGCCUCCCCUACAUCCCGUCCUGAAGAUUUCCAGAAACGUUUUAGAAUGCAGUGUCCUUGCUGUGAGGCCUUUGUGUGGCAAGCUGUCUUACCCAGUCCUGCCAACUAGAGCUUCUGGCUCUGAAAGCAGCCAGCAGUGAUAGACCUUCUGUUGCAACAGUGGGCUGCUCUGAUGGGCAGCCUGGUGGACUUCCAAAGUCAGCCUCACCACUUCCCUUCAGUCCUUGCUGUUCCACUCCUCCCUGUGUGCAGCCAAGAAGUGCAGAUCCCUCGCUUCGGCAGUCCCUACUUCUCACAGAUGAGGCCGUCUGCAUCCGGUGCUUAGGGCGGUGCGUUGUCUAAAGACAGGCAUUGUGAAAGGGACAGCAAGCACAGUUCCACCCUGAAUUCAUCAACACUUGCUGCUGAUGCUUUCUACUGCAAAUCCUAGUCCUAUUUUGGUUCAAGGUUUUGAUGCUGAGCCAGGUCCCUGCUGCCACCACUGUGCGCGCGCGGUAGCUAAAUCCCACGCUUCCAGCUCUUAGGCAUUACACUCUGCUCUGACAGGAAGUCCAGGGGCUGCAAGCAGGGAAGCUGGGCACCGAGACAGGGUUCUGUGGGGAAGCCCAAGACCACCCAUCUCUCCUGGAAGAGUGAACUUUGUAAAGGAUGACUUACCAUGUUCAGUGGUGACUGUGCUUGUUCAAUAAACCUCCGGUCUUUCUCUAAA